CUCUCCUCCCUUUUCCUCCGCGCCUCUCCCCUCCCCUCUCCUCCCUCCGCCGUACUUAUCCCCCCGCGUGCGCAUAGGGCUCUGCCAACACCAUGCCCUACUCCCUCCCCUCUGGCCGCACCCCCUCCGCGAGCACGUCUUCCGCAACGACGACGACGACCGCCACGGCCAGCCCAGCCAGCCCGCGCCUCGGUGCGCACCGUCGCACUCGCUCCUCGGGCAAUUUCUCAGACGAGCGCGGCCCAGGCGCGUUCGUCUCCCUCGGUCACCUCCCGCGCUCCCACAAGCGCGCCGUCUUCCACAUUGACAUCGACAACAACGACGACGACGAUGACGACGUGGGCAGGCCUUCGUCUCUGCCCGCCACGCGCUCUUAUGCCUCUCCUCUCUCCCCGACCAAUUCUCUUCGCCUCUCCAUGAACACCGGCAAGUUCAGCCCCAGCGUCGAGCCGCCAAUGCGCAUCGACAUACCCUCCGCACGCGACUCACUUGCCCCCGACUCUGUACCGUUCCCCACCUCUUCACCGCUGAGUCCCACAGACCAGGCUUCCCCGUUCAUCCCUACACCUACCUUUGCCCGCUCCCAGACACUCCCAUCAUCCUCUCCAACGGCAAACCUUGAACCGUCUCUCAAGUCUUCAUCAUCGUCUCCGAAUAUCGCCGAUCUCCCGCGCGCUGCCUCAAAGCACUUGCGUGCUCAGUCGGCGCCGAGCACGCCCGCAGGCCCCAAGAACGUCCACUUUGCCGACAAGGACUCCGGGCUCGAGACCGUACGCGUCUUCUCGCGCUCCGGCAAGCCCGCCAGCCUCUCCAAGCCCCCCGGCGAUGAGACCGAGACAGAAACCGAGGCGGAGAACUCCAGCAUGAGCCAGAACUCGUUCCCCUUCCCCUCCCUCUCCAGCGAAUCCCCGCUCCACGAGAUCGACACGACCCUCACGCUGCCCCGCACGCACUCGCCGGCGCUCCGCGGCACGGUCCUCGUCCGGAACUUGCACUUCGAGAAGCGCGUCGCCGUGCGCUUCACGCUCGACGACUGGCAGACCACGAGCGAGGUAACGUGUAGGCACGUCGUGAGCCUCCCGAGCCUGCCGCCGCCGUUCCCGCAGGAACAUCGGACCGUGGGCGAUCUGGCGGCGGGCAUUGCGAGUGGGCAGGUGAAGGCGGAUGAGCUGAGACAGGGUUGGGAUCGCUUCAG